GAGAAUGAGUUCACCAUCCUGAAACUGUACACAAUGUCAUCCCAGAUGGUGGAAGCCGUUCUAAAUGAUGGGGAGUCGAAGGUGACUAGAACUUUACUUACUUGCCUACUUGAUAAUUAUUUAGUCACUCUGAGUUGAGUUUGAUGGCCAAUUAUUAAUACUAUACAUGAAGCUAAAUAUAAUUGUACUGGUUAUUAAUUAAAAUAUCUGAUUGUCCAAAUAAAUAAAUUAUGAUCUUCCACCCACUACCCCCAAGAAAGUUGAAUGUAGACAUCAACGACAUCAUUCCAUUUUCUUUGUCACUGUCUUUUUAAAGUCCUUUUAGCCCUUUCAAUGUCUCUGCCCUUUCCAUAUCUCUCCAUUACGUUAGGAUCUCUAUUUAUAAGUCUCUUCUCGACUCAUUCAUUUUCAUACCAAAUCCUUUUAUGUAAUAAUUAUUGUCUGAUUUCAGGUGGACUUUCCAUUCAGAGUGACAGAAAUCGAGCACACAUUCAUUAAUUUAAAACCUGAAAUUCCUCUGCUACUUUUAGGCCGCAGUGGCACAGGGAAAACCACCUGCGGUCUCUAUCGCUUGUUCAAAGAGUUUUUAAAUUAUUGG